AUGAAUACUUAUAUUUGUGAUACGUUUGAUACUGAUUGGCUUAUGCACCGUUUAGGUCUUGUUAAUUCUUACAAUCGUCGUUAUAACAAUAAAAUUGUUCAUCUAAAUUCUAAUCAAAAUAAUAAUAAUAAUAAUAAUUCAUUAACAUCGUCAUAUUCGAUUAAUGAAAAUGAAUCACCAUUAUUUCAGGUCAUUAAUCAUCAUGUUCAUCGUCGUCCAUCGUCAAUAAUGCUUUUUACUCUAAUGGAUGGUGCAGAAAUUAAACAAGAUGAUUUAAAAUUAAAAAUAAUGAACGAUAAUACGGAUGACUAUGAAAAAGAUUUACAAUUAGCAGCUGAAUUAGGAAGAUGUUUAUUAGAAAGAAAUCAAGAAUUACAAAAUUGUAUUAAAAAUCUACAACAACAGAUAGAAGACAAAGAUUGCGAAAUUAAGUUACUUGAUAAACAACUGGAAUCAACGCGUGAACAGUUACAAACAAAAUGUCAAUAUGCUGAACAUUUGGAUCAACAAAAUUUUGAAUUUGAAAAACAAUUAAUGAUUCAACGACGUGAAAGUGAACAAGAUCGUCAGAAAAUUAAACAAUUGACCCAAUUAUGUGAAAAAACUCGAAAACAAUGUAUGGAUAUUGAACAAGACUAUGAAUGUUUUCGACGGCAACAAUUAUCAAAUAAUUUUAAUAAACAAUAUAAAUCAUCACUAUCACCAUCAUCGCCAAAUAGUUCAAAAUCAAACGGUAUAAAACGUUGUUCAAGUAUCGAUACAUUUCUUGAUAAUAAUAAUUCAUCGAUAAAAAUAAUUAAUGAUGAUUCAUUAACAUCUGAUUUAUCAUUUUCUUCAAAUGACUCAUCACCUACUCGUUGUCGUUGGUGUCUAACAUUAGAUUCAACAAUUAAAAAUCGUCUAUCAGAAUUUAAAAAUAAAUUGACUCUAUUAACUAAUGAAAAUAAUGAAUUAAAUGAAAAAGUAUUUUUAUAUGAACAUGAUAAUCGUACAUUACUUGAACGUUUAAAAAUAACCGAUAUUACAAGACAAUUAAAAGAUGAAAAUGAUCAAUUACAACAAGAAUUAGUCAGAUGUAAAAAAUUAUUACGAACAAAACAUGAUAUUAAUAGUCUAUCGUUAGAUGAGAGUAAUGAUGGUGAAUCAUCUAUUGAUGAAUGUUCACCAUCAAAUAUCAAAAAUAAUAAUAAUGUAUCGUUAUACGAUGAGGUUACUAGUCAAUUUAAUACAAUAAUUAGAAAAUAUGAUGAUUUAAUACUAGAAAAAUCCAACAAACGAAACGAUAUUGGUAUACAAGUAUCAUUAGUAGAAAAUAAACAAAAUUCAAAUAAAAAAACGUAUGAAACAACAAAUUAUCGAAAUUUAUUUCAACAUGUCUAUGAUAAAUUGAAAGCUAAUCAAGAACAAGCAACUUUAACAAUUUAA